AUGUCAAGCCAUGCCGUGGAUGCUUUGCCUGGUGAGAUCCAGGACACACAUGCUGAAGAUGCGCCAAGGCGACGCAGCAGCGGGCAGCGCCGCAAGUUGCGAGCACGGCAGAGCUUUGCGCCUUUUGAAACUUCUUGGGGGCCUCCAGCAGCAGAGGCACGUGACAGUCAGCUAUAUCAAGCGUCGACCUCACUUACCAGGAGUGAGGACGAAGGCACGGUGAUGCUGCGAAUCUACGACGUCACCGGCGCUGAGGUUGUCUCGGGCCUGAACCGCUUGUGCCGUGUGAUUGGUACUGGUGCCUUUCAUGCCGGAGUGGAGGUCUAUGGUUUGGAAUGGAGCUUUGGCUUCACUGAUGAUGGGAGCGGCGUUUUCUCUUGUGAUCCAGGAGAGUGUGGAGGACACGCAUACAGAGAGGCUGUUCGCAUGGGUGCAACGCCUUUGGGCAAGGAGGAAGCCAUGAUGCUUUUAACCACGUUGGCGCAGGACUGGCGUGGUAGCGACUAUGACGUCUUGAAUCGGAAUUGCUGCCACUUUAGCGAUGCCUUGUGCAGGCAUCUUGAGGUUGGUCCUAUUCCUUGUUGGGUUACAAAUCUGGCUGGUGCCGGAGCGAAGGUGGAAGCAGGGCUUCGCAAUGCAGUGUCCAGCGUCCAGACUGCAGCGGUGGUGGCAGCUGCGAAGGCAAUGGAGAUUGAAGAGGAGCUGGCUAUCAAGCAGACCAUGACGGAUGGAGCCCAUCACUUGUUGGAACGCAGUUUGGAGCUUGAUCAAAGGUAUGCUAUCAGCGAAUCGGCUUCAGAGUUGGCCACCAACGCAGGUGAUAUGGUCCGCGCUGCUGCUGGAGCUGUGGAGCAAGUGAACGAUGCAACCUCAACAGUUGUCAACAAGGUGACUGAAGCUGCUUUGCAUCGAUCUGCAUCCCUUGCCUAUGAUGUCGCAAGCCAGGUUACGCCUCCAAUCUUCGGAUAUAUGUGUUUGGGUUCAAGAAAAGAUCGUCAACGGAGGGUUCGCUCGUGA